UGGGGCUUUUUGGUUGUUUGUUCUUUUUUUUUCUUAAUCAUGAAUGAUACAGAAUAAGCUUAUAUGCAUUUGAAGAUUCCUCACUGACUUCUGCCUGUCCUGUGACUUCAUAGCUCUCGCUGUUCCACUCUGCAGCCUUUUCAGAGAUGGAAGCCAGUUUGUGUGCCAGUUUUGUAGCAGGUACGGAAAAAUCCUCCCUGUUGGUCACAAGUAUGGAAUGGAGACUGGUCAUUGAUUUUUGGAUUGAAAGCAAUGGGUAGAAAAGAUGCCUCUACAUCAAGGACUCCUGUUGACCAGUACAGGAAACAAAUAGGAAAACAAGAUUAUAAGAAAACCAGGCCUAUGUUAAGAGCUACAAGAUUAAAAGCAGAGGCCAAGAAAACUGCACUAGGCGUAAAGGAAGUUGCCCUUGUCCUUGCAGCUAUACUGGUAUUUUUGUUGGCUUUCUAUGCUUUCUUUUAUCUUAACAUUUCCAACGAAGUUGACCUUGAUCUGGAUCCAGAUGAAAACUAGCAGAUGCAAUGAAUCUAUCAUCAAGAUUUCUUCAGCUUCAAUAAGACUUCAUAGGAACACGCAGCCUCUUCACUGAGAGACAGUAAAUGAUACCAUUUCUUACAGUCCAAAUUCAUAAGAAAGUUUUGCAAUACAUCAGUCCCUUUUACAUUCCAGAUCUCCAAAAUAAGAACACUUAUGCUUGGCCAAGUGUAUUUGAUUAACACCAAGGCCAGGACCAACAGUACAAUACACGAAAUUUAUUGUUUACAUUAUUUUUGUCUCAGGCAGAGAACUUUGAUGUCAAAAGACAGGUGCUAUUACUAUCAUGGGUAUUGAUGCUGACUUCACAGAAGUGUCUGCCUUGACCAACCUGAGGAAUCAAAGCUUCCUAAUAACCAAAUUAGUUUCCUUUUCCAAAAGAAAGCAGAAUUACCAAAUAAAAAAUCUUUUAUUUAAAAUAUAUCAAACUCCCCUCAUCCUCCCUUUCCCUUUUAAUCUUUCUUGGGCAUGUGUGUACACGCGCGUGCAUGAAGAUGGAAGAAAUUGUAGGGGGAAAAAAUUCCUUUUAGGAGCAGUCUGUCACCUUCAUAUGGACUUAAUUUUAUGUAAUCCCAGAUUCUGUGUGCCCAUAUAUCUGCAGUAAUCUUUUUCAUUCUUUUGCCAACUGUUCGGCACACAUGUGUUCUGUUAGAAAUGGCACCUGGAUGACAGAAGCUCUAACAUUCACAUAUGCUUCUGAAACACAGUUCUUUGCCUCCUGUGCUGUCUGAACUAGUGUAAAUAGAAAGUUCAGUUGAUAUUGGUUUUAAUUAGUAUAUUGGUCUAUUAUUAAUAUAAAGUCAAAAUUGUAUUUUAAUUAUACUCUUCCUGAUGGCUGUGGUAUCAAUUGGCUUUACUUGUUGGGGCAUGUUGUAAAAAUCCAUUCUUUUCCAAAUAUACAAUCAUUUUAAUCGUCUAAUUAAUGUGAGAAGUUGUACAUAAUAAGAAAGCACUUUUUUUUCCAGGUGUACUAAUAAUUGGGUAAAUCUUGGCUCCAUGAGAUGCCUCUGUUUUUGCAAAGUACCUUUCAUAUUCGCCUUUCAUAUGCACUGUAGAUAACAUUUCUGAUCCCUUUAAUAGCCACAAGUAGCUUGAAGGAGUUGGUAUGUCAGAGCAGCCGCAGGAAUCUUUAAAAUUCUGGCUUUAUCCUGUUCUGCUUCAAGUUUGGCAUAUAACUAAGCUUGUGGAUGUAAAGGUUCAGCUUUGAUUCCUUUAAACAUGUGGUCAGUCAUUGUCUUGUUCAGAUUCAGUUUGAUAUCAAGAAAAGCUUAGAGCCAUUGGUGCUGAAUGUGACAAGGAAGUUAGGCAGACUGACUUCCUGAAAAGUUUUCAUAAUUCUUAAGUUGUAUUAGCAAACUAGCUUCACUUUACCUUUGAUACCAAGUUCAGGGCUGAAUGUUAGGUUUAAUUGCAACUGAGGUAUUUACUGUCUUGUUCCUGAGAUACCUGACUAAGAUUUCUUGCAGUGAUUUUGAAGACAAAGGGAUACAAAUCACAGCAAAUAUUAUAGUGGAAAAUAUAUUUCUUUUAAAUUGACACAGUCCCAUUAUCACCACUUAAGAAACUUAGAUCAAUACAGUUAAUUUUUAAACCAUACAGUAACUGUGAGCAUAUACAUUAUGAGUCUCUAAGGAUUCUUUUCUUAUCUGUCAUACUCCUCAUUCGCUUUAUGCAAUGCAAUACAAUUCCUCUAAAAACUGAGAGUACAACAGUCUUCCAAGAAGAAUAUGAAAGAGAAACAUGUAUGUGCAAAUAUUUCUCAUUUUCUAAUUAUGACUGUUACAGACACAAAACCCUAACAUAUAUGCAUGCAGACUUAUAGUCUGAUGCUACUUGCACACAUGACCACAUGCAUAGCAACAUGCUGAAUUUAUGGUGAAACAUUAUCUGACAUGUGGCCCAACUUUCAGUGAAGGGAAAAGCGUAUCACGAGCUGUCUGCUCGGAUGUGACGCCUUUCACUUCACCAGUGCCCCACCACAUGUCACAGAAGCUGCAGACCUUUCCUGUUAAUUUGCAUUAGCAAUUUUCUUGUUCUAUAAGAUGCUGGAAGAAUUGCUUUCUUAAUGUCUGCAUACAGCUCUCUGGGUGAUGCGUGGCCUAAGAUGUGUAGUUACUCUCUUCCCACGGGCUGUCUUUUAACGUGUUCUCUGAAUCAGUUACAAUAAGAAGCAAGCAAUUCUUACUGUCAAAUUUAUGAAGUUCCUAGAACAGGAAUAUUGCAUUUCCCAUAAUUAUGAAUCAGACAAAAACUAAAGGACAUAUAUAUUGUGAUUCUAGCAACUUCCCUGAUGUGUGGCUUAUGAGUCCGUAUUGCCCACAAGUGCCAUAGUUUGCAGUGUGUUUGCUUUGUUUAGAUUAGGCAUUAUCAUUUGCAUGAAAGAUCAUAGACUUGUAGAAUGGAUCAUAGA